AUGCCUUCGACAUUGCAAAAGCUCAAGUUUUAUUUGAAAUCAACAUUAUAUGGUUCAUUGAUAGCAGGAUGUGCGCUAUAUGGGGUGAUUGCAUCCAUAGUCUUAAGAAUAAUUGGUAAGAAGGAAUAUGCACAGUACACUGUAGCUAAAGUUUUUUACUUUGCAUGCUCCUCUUUAUUGGGACUAAAGAUUACCAUAAAGAACGAAAAGUAUCUUCACGAGAAGCCUGCGAUUAUUAUUUCCAAUCAUCAGUCAGCUUUGGAUAUUUAUGUUUUGGGUAAAAUCUUUCAAGUUGGCUACACUGUCACUGCAAAGAAAGCUUUGCAAUAUGUUCCAUUGUUAGGAUGGUUUAUGUUAGCAUCUGGAACUUUCUUUUUAGAUAGAACUAGAGGAGAAAAGGCUAGAAAAGUAUUAGAUAAAGCUUUUGAUGGUGUUAAAGCUGAGAAGCGCGGACUAUUCAUAUUUCCUGAAGGCACAAGAUCUGCAACUUCGAAAUUAGAAAUGCUUCCCUUCAAAAAAGGGUCAUUUUAUUUGGCAAAGCAAGGUGGUCUCCCCAUUAUUCCGGUGGUGGUGAGUAAUACCUCAGAUAUAUUUAGCUCCAAAAAUAAAAUUUUCAAUGGUGGUGAAAUAUUCAUUGAAGUACUAGAGCCGAUGUCAACUGAUGGAUUAAAUAGCAACGAGGAAGUAUCAAACUUUUGUGCCGAAGUGAGAAGCAAAAUGCUAGAGAAGCUCAAAGAAUUGGGUUAUUCUAAAGUAAACUCUAACACACCAAGAAAUGAACCCUCAACAAAUUCAGCAAGCUCAAGCUCCGAAGUAGAAACAGAAGUAGAAACAGAAGUGGUAUCAGAAGAGAGUCCUCUAGUUGUUAACAAAUCAGGAUCUGCUUAG